AUGUCGGGCCAAGCUAGCUCUGCGGUGGUCCUCGGCGCCGACGAGAAAUAUGAGAUCGCAGUCUCAUAUGGCACUAUUAUUGCUACAGGUGCACUGGCAAUUCUAGUCUGCGGCACUAGGCUCUGUACCCGUAUGUUUUUGCUCAACACCUUUGGUAUCGACGAUUGGGCAUGUCUGGUCGGGCUGGCCUUUGUUACUGUCUUUAACGGUAUUGGCCUAGCUGUAGUGUACUAUGGCGCCGGCAAACAUAUCGAGCAUGUGUCCCAAGAACACCUUUCAAAAUGGUUUAUGCUAUACUACGUCUGCAUAUGCAUGUACUUGAGCAUCUCAUUCGCCGUCAAGUCAAGCAUUCUGCUAUUCCUGCGCAGAGUCUUUCCAGCAACAUACAUCCAACGAGCUACACUGGGCAUGAUUGUCUUCCUCGUUCUCUUCACCAUCUCGGGUACAUUCGUCGCAGCCUUCCAGUGCAAUCCGCCGAAAUAUGCCGUUGCUUAUGGAAUUUUCAUGUAUCAGGCGGUUGUCAUCUUCGCUUGCGACAUCGUAAUGUUUCUUCUACCGUUCCCUGUACUGUUGAAGCUGCAGCUGAGCCCUGCAAGAAGAUUUGCCCUCUUGGCGGUCUUUGGCAGCGGCGUAGUUGCUUGUGUUGCACCUGCGGUGAGAUUUAGAAGCCUCAACUUUUAUAAGACCGGGAGCUCCGACACGACCUUUGUGGGUGCUUCAUCCCUGUAUUGGAUGGCCAUCGAGUACAACAUGGGCCUGGUUGCCGGUUCACUGCCAGGGCUACAGCCUUUGUUCAAGCGAUUCGGUAUAUUUGGUACCACGAACGACGCCACGGGUCCUUCUUCGCGCAAGAACCCCCAAUUCUCGCCCUCAUACCAGCUGGAAGACCACAGCAGCAAAAACUGGGGAUCGGGACGACGUGGAAAGGGGAGCAAGAAUAGAUACCAGGGAGAGAGCGUCCUGGAUGCCACGGUCAUGGGGGAGCGCUCUUCACAGGAGAGUGACGAGGCGCGAAUUGUGAAGACUCAGGUCUUUACGCUGACCCAUGAGACCAACGAUCAUCCUUCAGAGACCAAGCCGCCUUCUUGGGGCACUUUCAACGCGAAAUAUCGUUGA